CCCAGGACAGUGUGAGCCGUACCCAGGGCAGUGUGAGCCGUACCCAGGGCUCUGUUGGCCAUACCCAGGGCGCUGUGGGCAGUACCCAGGGCACUGUGGGCAGUACCCAGGGCUCUGUUGGCCGUGCCCAGGGCAGUGUGAGCUGCAGCCAUGGCAGGCUUCCUGGACAAUUUCCGCUGGCCCGAGUGCGAGUGCAUCGACUGGAGCGAGCGCCGCAACGCCGUCGCCUCCGUCGUGGAGCGCCGCAGCGCCGUCGCCUCCGUCGUGGCCGGGGUGCUGUUUUUCACAGGCUGGUGGAUCAUGAUCGAUGCUGCCGUGGUUUACCCGCGGCCGGAGCAGCUGAACCACGCCUUCCACACCUGCGGGGUCUUCUCCACUCUGGCCUUCUUCAUGAUAAAUGCUGUAUCAAAUGCACAGGUGAGAGGAGACAGCUACAGUGAUGGAUGCUUAGGAAGAACAGGGGCUCGGAUCUGGCUCUUCAUUGGCUUCAUGUUGAUGUUUGGAUCCCUCAUUGCUUCCAUGUGGAUUCUCUUUGGAGCAUAUGUUACACAGAACACUAAUGUGUACCCUGGCUUAGCAGUGUUUUUCCAGAAUGCAUUAAUAUUUUUCAGCACUCUGAUCUACAAGUUUGGGAGAACAGAAGAGCUGUGGGGCUGAGCUCCCUGCUGGCCUGGCCCCUAGUUGCCAUGUGGUUCUUGUAUGUAGAUAAUUCAGUCCUUUGUCCUUGGUUUGCUUCCCAAACUGGUGGAACUGAGACAAUUCCAGGCUCUGUCCGAGGCUGCUCUUCUCCCAGGACACACUUGUGAAUAUGUACAUAGGACAUUUCAAAGGGAAUGGCAGGCUGCCAGGCUUUCCUGCUGCAAUCUCCAAAAAUCCACAGCUUCCCAUCCAGGUUUCAUCUUCCAAACCUCCACAAUUAGUGAGCAAACAGGACAGAGCCCACCCCUGGAGCAGGGGUAAGAGCUGAUUUUAAGAAUUUUAUAUUAUUGUUCAGGUAAAUAUAAAGUAGCUUUUUUUUUUUUUUUUUUUUUUUU